GAGCUGGAACCACAAGUUAGUGUUCGGUGAUGACGUCACUGCUCCACAUUGAGCUAGCCGAGUAGUAGUGGGUGAGAGAUAGAUAGAGGCGCGCCGUAGUAAAGUACACACUGCCAUGAAGUUCUGGUUGUGACUUAAUUGUUGUUUCUGUUCUCUGCACAGGACGGCUCUGUUGAAACGGAACGUGUAGUAUUUAGUUUCUCAGGAACGGAGGUAGAUUCACGGACGUUUGGGAAGAAAACAUUUUCCUCAGUUUUUCGAGAGAGAUGUCGUCUGCGGCGGUUGCUGCUUCUAGAAGGCAGUCAUGUUAUUUAUGUGACUUGCCGCGCAUGCCGUGGGCUAUGAUAUGGGAUUUUACCGAACCCGUCUGCAGGGGAUGUGUCAACUAUGAAGGAGCAGAUCGAAUCGAGUUUGUGAUUGAGACCGCCCGGCAACUUAAGAGGGCCCAUGGCUUUCAGGAGGGUCGGUCUCCGGGUCCGGGAAAGCAACAGCUCUCGGGCAAGGAAAUUCAGUCACUCAACCAUUCGUCAGGAGAUCCCGGCUCACGACCCCCACAGCCACUGGAUCGCUACCCUCUCUCUGACCGUCCGCCCAGGCUGGGACCUGAGUAUCAGUCCGGGAGACAAGCAAACGGCAUUCCUGUCCCAAAUGGAUUCCCUAAACCGGACGAUCCACCGGAGCUGAACCGACAGAGUCCUAACCCUCGUAGAACUAACCCUGUCCCUCCGAAUCUAGUGCCUUUAGUGAAUGGGAGUAUGAACCCAGUGCACGCCAUCAAUGGCAGACCGGGACAGAUGGGACAUCCCUCCGCGUUAGUGGCCAACGCCAGCGAGCUCAGCAGCAAACGACCAGCCUCUGUGUCUAGCACGGAGCACGAGAGGGAAGUGAAAGACAAGCACAGACCGGACAGCAUGACGCCGGACAUCAGCGAGAGCCACAAGAACCGCGCCGAUGACUGGAUCAAGGGCAAGACAGUGAGGGAUAUUAUGGGUCUUCACCCUUUCGACAACAGGUUCAAGAAAGACCACCCGGUGUUGCAACAAAGGGCGAUGGCGGGUUACGAUACCGGAGCAUCAGCCUCCAAAUCAGACAGGGGGAAACAUCCCAGGAACAUGAAGAGGAAGGCUUCACCUGAACCCGAGGACGGCACAGCCGUCAAGAUGAACGGAGACGGCCCGCAAUGGCUACCGUCCCCCGCGGAUGGUCUGAAGAUGCCCCCCGUCCCUCCGCCAAGCUUCGCCUCACAGCAGUCCACGAUAUCGCCACACUCCCGCACCACCCCGCCCGAGGCAGCGCAGAACGGCCAGUCUCCGAUGGCUGCGCUCAUUCUGGCGGCGGACAACGCAGGGGGCAACAGCUCGCCGAAGGAUGCCAAUCAAGUUCACUCCACCACCCGCAGGAACAGCAGCAGCCCGCUGUCACCGUCGUCCGUGAACCAACGGAGAGUCGCCCAGAGGGACGGUUCAGGUGCGGGAACACCUCAUGUGCCCGGUAUAGACCAGGUGCAUCCUCAAAGCAUUCCGGACUCCUCCGUUCCCAGCAGCAUACCCCUCUGCUGCACGUUGUGUCACGAGCGACUGGAGGACACGCACUUCGUCCAAUGCCCGUCGGUGCCCUCACACAAGUUCUGUUUCCCGUGUUCCCGGGAAAGCAUCAAACAGCAAGGAGCCACGGGCGAAGUUUACUGCCCAAGCGGGGAGAAAUGUCCGCUGGUGGGCUCGAACGUACCGUGGGCUUUCAUGCAAGGUGAAAUAGCCACCAUCCUUGCAGGAGAUGUGAAAGUAAAAAAGGAAAGGGACCCCUGAUUUUACAUAUGAUCUUUUUUUGAAAUACGAAAAAGUAUGAACCUAUAUAAAUAUAUAAAUAUGAAUAUCCCAUGCAUACCAUCCAAACUGAAACUAACGGACUUGUACAUAUUGGACACAAGGGAAGUGUAUACUUCGUAAACAUGGCUGUAUAAUUUUUUGAUUUUUUGAAUACAUUGUGUUUCUAUAUUUUUGAAGAUAAAGGUAUGUACUCAUUAUAAUGGACUACGUUCCUCUGUCGAUGUUUAACAAUUUCUUGAUGUACUUUUAGGUCUGGUGGCAGUCCCUGUUAAACGUAGAAUGUGACUAAUGCAACUCUACGAGCACUUGGCGAAACUGAAAUGCUUCUAGCUGUACGUGUAUGCACUUGUUUAAAAAUUGCCAAAUACAAUUUCUGAUCUUGUAUUAA